GUGUUUGUGCCAUUGGGCGUAUGGCUUGUUGUGUACGUUCGCUAAAAUAAUUAUUGUUUUUCUUUGUAUUUUUCGAUAUAUUUUUCAUUUUGUCGUUGCCUGUUCGCACAAAUAAUAUUUAUAGUUAAGUCGGUGAAGUUCAUUGCAAUUUUCGUUUACUAAUGUUUUUAGUUUUAUCCUAAUAGGAAAAUUGACCAAAUUUUUACUCGUUCGACCAGUCGAAUCGUGUCCUAAGUAACGUAAUCAUAGUAGUUCAAAUAUUUAUUAUUAAAUUUAUUUUCGUUACCGACGUUAGUGCUCGCCAAUAGUUCAUUGUCUUUGUGCGCGCCAGUGUUUUAUUUCGGUUGUUUUUUUUUUUAAUUUCAAAAGACUACCAAACGCACACAUCGAUACGUACGUAGUCCCGUAGCAUGUUAAACCGUCGGCCGUACGCUCUUUUACAUUUGUGAUAAACACGGGUAUUAUAACGGCCUCAAGCUGUGGGCUGCAACGCCGUAUUUGAUUCCCCAUCAGGGGCUUUACUAUCCUCAAAUGGUGCAAGGUGGUAUAGAUCCUUAUGCCUCGCUGGCUGCUGCAUCGGGUGCAUUUCCCAUGCAACAACCUGCCCAAAUGGCUGCAAUGACAUUAAAAAUGGCCAAUCCUCAGCCUCCAACCCUGAUGCCUGCUACGGUCACUGCACCCCCUACACCAGUAUCUCUUCCAUCAGUAACUGUGGAAAGUGACCCUCCCCCACCUCCAACUGCUUAUUCACCACCAGCUAGUCUCAUUGCAUCUAUUGCAGCCUCACAACAACACCAUCAACAGCAACAACAACAGCAGCAGCAGCAGCAACAACACCAACAACAACAACAACAGCAGCAACAGCAGUUGCAGCAUCAACCAAUAGUUACAGGGCUCAUAAAGUCAGAGUCUCAACCAACUACAGUCACGACUACAUCACAACCGUCGGAAUGUACUAAUGCCACAAAUGUGUUGACUACACCAGUGUCAGUAUCUAUAGCCUCACCAACAAAUGUUACCAAUGUUGGCGCUGGGUCCCCCUGUUCAUCUAGUGAAGACAAAAAUAUUCAGUCAAAGAGACUUCAUGUAUCAAAUAUACCUUUUAGAUUUAGAGAGCCUGACUUGCGUGCUAUGUUUGGGCAAUUUGGACCAAUAUUAGAUGUUGAAAUUAUUUUUAAUGAGCGAGGAUCAAAGGGAUUCGGUUUUGUAACGUUUGGGAAUAGUGCUGACGCUGAUGAGGCUCGCGAACAUCUUCACGGAACAGUUGUUGAAGGCAGAAAAAUAGAGGUGAACAAUGCUACAGCUAGAGUUCAGACAAAAAAAGUAGCUGCUCCAUUACAAUUACCAAAUGUAUUACUCUCUAGGAAUGGAGUAUUGCCAAAUCUUGUUUGUGUUCAGUGGCCUGAGGCUGCUGCUGCUGCUUUAAGAGGAGCAGCAAUACAGCGUGGUCGUGCUGUUGCAGCUGCUAAUGCCGUUCGAAAUGCAGCAGCCAUGGCCGCAGUUGCCGCGGCUUCAAAUGGAGGGUUUUCUUCAGCAAAUGCUUCUGGAUUCAAUGCUGCUAGGUUACCUGCUACAAGUAUUGCUGUUACACCUAACCAACUACAAGCAAUAAAUGCAGCUCCUGGUACUUAUGCCCCUAAUGUAUGUUUCAGUGGAGUAUAUUAUGAUCCAUUCCUGGCAGCCCAAGCUGCAGAUAGUAACUACAGGUUACAGGCAGGAGCAGUCAAUGAGGUAGCUGCCGCAGCAGCAGCCGCGUCGCCCCUGCUAAAGGCCGCAGCCGCAGCCCAAGGGACUCCAGCUCUGUCGUCGGCCGCAGCGGUGGCCCAGGCGCAACAGGCGUCCUACGUAGCCGCAGCCACGUACACGGCUGCCGCAGCCAGGGCGUACAAUGCAGCGGCCGCGGCCGCCAGCAACCCAAUGGCCAAUCCGGCCGCUGCUACGUAUACAGCGUUGCCAGCUGGAUAUACUGGGCGUGAAUACACUGCAGCAGAUUCAUAUUUAGCUAGCCAUGGCAUCGGUCCGGUUACUGGAUAUGGACCAAUGUAUCGAAGUGGUUAUAACAGAUUCACGCCGUACUGAUUUUAAUGUAUAAAUGAUUUAAUGCGAUAACAUUCGAUUUUAAAAUGGCAGCCGUAAUAUGCAGACAGUAGAAUAUUUUACUCAAUAAGUUUUAAUUGAUAAUACAAAUUUUAAUUUUGUAAUAAUUAAUCUAAAUCAUAACUAAGCUUUACAAUCCCAUAUAAUUUGCUGUUUAAAAUUUAAAACCUAUGACCCAAACUCAUCUCAUCCCAACUAAAAAUGUUGUAUAGUUUAUUAUUAUUAAUGUAGGAUUCUUUUUUUUUUUUUAAUUGUACAUUAAUUUUUUAUCUUAGUUUUGUUCAAAAAUUCUGUAAAAAUGAAAUUGUUUUAAGUUGAACAAAAUACUUAGAUUAGUAUAUAUCAAUAAUUUAUAUAUGUAUUAUGAUUGUUUGAAUCUCUUAAAAAAUGUAUUAGUUAAAAGGAGUUAAAAAUUAUGAUUGCAUAAAAAAUGCUUGUUUUAGGAAUGGAUAUACUAAAUUUAUUUGUGAUUGAAAUAAGGUGAUACAGAUAUACAUUACCGACAAUGACUAAUGAUUUUCCUAUUCCUAGCUAGUGUUAAUUUACAUUAUAAUUAUUAUAGUCUCUUGUGACAAAAACCUGAAUCUUAACCAAAAAGCUCUCUAUUUUAUUUCUUUUAUGUUUUCUAUAGUUCAUAAUGUUCAUAUGUAAUUAAGUUAAUUUUAUAUAUAAUAGCUCUGAACAAAAAACAUCACUUUAGAUCUGUUUUUUUUUAAUUUUAUUAUUAUUACUUUGAAUUGUAUUUAAUAAAUUAUUUAUUUUAAUAUGAAGUACAAACUAUGAUGAUUUUAAAUUAUAGCGCACAAAAUAAAUUUUUCCUAAGUAAAGGAACGCACAAACUAUUGUGUAACAAAGCCAAAAAACUACUGUAAGCCAAUCAUUUAGUUAUUGUACUUGUAUAUCUCCAAAUUUUGUUUCCCAACCUUUGUUAUUAUUUUAGUAUGUAACAAUAUUUUAUAAAAUGAACAAUUAUAUUAUUUUAUGGUUCAAAUAA